GCGAUUAAAUAUUUCGCAAAAUUUACCGCAAAUAAGAUCAUAAUAAAAUUUGUUUACAUUUACCGACACCACAAUUAUUAUCUCAUUGCUUGAUUAGGAUAGGUUAAUCGGCAAUGUGUGGGCGCAUUUAAUUACGUAUCACCAUAAAUUUCGCGACGGACGUUUAUUUAGUUGGCAAAAAAUUGUGGUUUUUAAGAUGAAAUUGCGUAACUUCUUGAAUAAGCUCCAGAUAGUCAUCUCAAUUUUGGCACACACUCGAACGAUUUACACUAAACCUAUCUCAGUACCUGUGGUAUGGCCAGACAGUGCUGGUGGAAGUAUUAAUUCGAAUCGACAACCAUUUUAUCCUCAGUAUCGUGUAAAUCGGCGCAUAGAAGAGAUAAAUGAAAGACCGAAUUCUGAUUUUAAUCGUUUAGUAUAUAAUCGAAUCGGACAUAAUCUUCAAAAUGGAAAUUCACAGGACUCUAUUGAUUACGUCGACAAACCCCAACGAUUAACGAACAACUUUGCCGUGCAAGGUGGAGGUCAACAGACUGAUGGCACAAAUAAAUUUGGUUUCGACGAUGUGGAAAGUAGAACGAAAUUUUUGUUUAAGAAGAAGUUAAAGAAAAAGAAAAAGAAAAUCUGCCUGCCCGUUGGCUACGGUCACGGCAAAGAUAGUCUCAGAACAUUGUAUGACCUAAAUGUGAUAUUUGCUGAUAUUAAUAUUAACGAAUAUGACACAGUUGGAGGAUACGGGUGCAAACCACUCUUUGGGUUAAGUGGCGGUUACGGUGAAGGUCAUGGAAGUCAUGGAAACCACGGAAGUCAUGGAAGCCACGGAAGUCAUGGAAGCCAUGGAAGCUAUGGCGGACACGGAAGCAAUCAUCAUACCAGCUCGCAACAUGGUAGUACUACUUAUGGUGGAUCGAACUAUGGAAGUCACACUGACACUGACACUGGCACUGACAGUGAUUAUGAUUAUGUUAAUCAUAAUGAUCAUGGAAGCUUAAUUCAAACUGACGAUUAUGAUCAUGAAAGUAGUGCACCUAGUCAAAGUAGUCAGGGAAGUAAUAAUUUAUUUGGUGGCCUAUUUCAUGGAACAACAAGUGGUAGCAGUAACAACUACAACAGUGGAAAUGGACAUGCAAGUGGUGGACCUCUGGGAUUUUUCGGUCAAGGCGGUUUAUUUGAUUUUUCUAACAGUGGUGGUCAGCGGCCGCAAAGCGCUGGUACGUUGGGAGAUUCAAUUGAUGAUACGGUGAAACCGGUUAUAGAAAUAAACGUUCCAGAUACUAUACAGGACGUCGUCCAAGGAAACUGGCGACCAGGCAACUUGGUUGGUGGUAUUCAAAACUCAGUUUCAGGAUUCAUCCAACAGAUCUCGGAUCGACCUGGAGAAGCGAUAAGACAAAUUAAUCAGGAAAUUUCUUCAAUAUUCCGCUCAUUUACCGAUUUAUUUUGAAUAAAUUUUUCCUAAUCGUCCAAA